ACAAGACUAAGAGGAAUGGAUGCAUCAACAAAUGGUCUGGUACUUCCAUCGUCAUUUGAAAAGUCUCUCGUUUCAUUGAAAUAUGCAGAAUCAACAAAGGCUACAUCUCGUGCAGCACCGACUGCCAUCGUCCGUUCGUCAAGGACGUCAGACAGGAACGAAAAGUUAGAACGUGAGGCAUUAUUCCAGAUGGCAUUGGAAACAUGCCCUAUGCUUUGGAUACGUCCCCAGUCGACCCCUACUGAAGGUGUGACAGCAUCUGGAAGCAGUGUAAACAAUAAGUAUGACUCAGAGCAAAGGGUGAGCAGCAUCACUCAGGCUCUUGGCACGAGAAGCAUCGCGCCUUUCCUGGGAGGUGGUAAUGUGCGCUGUGACCAGUCGAGGAGCAGCAGAGACAGCGUUUCUCUGAUAUAUCGAAGUAGCUCCACGUCCGCGUUGCUCACAGAUAGUUCCGACAUACACAACGCUGGUGCUGAUGGGAGAGAGCAUGCGUCACUACUCGAGUUUGAAACACGUAACUAUAAUUUUUGUCUUCCAAAGCAAACUAACAGUUUGGAGAGCCUUGUGGGUUCGGCGAUAUCCCCAUAUAACAAAAUGUCUCAGACGAUGAAGACUAAAUCUCAGCUUGGGACGCUUUUUGAGGAAAAUUUUAAUGAAGCCUGUGAAAGAAAACUCGCGACGUCGGAGCAGCGUCAUUGUGACCUUCAGUUUUCUACUACCGAUGGUUCACUUCAGCAUCGGUCUGAUGAAUCGGGUUACGAUAGUGACAGCACAAAAAACAGCAGCGAAGAGGUUCCGCUUGAAGAAAAACAUGACACAUUCAAAGAAAAUUAUGGACUUUCUCCUUCUCUAAAAACAAUACCACAGGUUAACAACAGUCCCGUUCAUGUAGAACACUGUGCAGCACAUACGAAUAGGCCGACAGAAAGUAAUCUUCAAAAAUUUGCCAUGUUUUUACAGAAAUUGACCAGUUCGGGGCCAACUGGUCACUUCCACCGUAUAGGUCACAAAAGGAUAACGAAUGAUAAUGAUUUCAAACCAUCUUAUAAAGGUGAAAUUCAAAACUUUUCGUCACAAAUGCGAAAACCUUACUCAGAGUUUGUGCAAAACAAAGAAAAUCAACAGUGUGAUUGGAGCAAAAAGAAACAAAAAGAAAGCAGCAGUUUAACAUCACCUAUAACCUCUGACUCAGAAACUAAAAAAGAUAACUCCAAAUUCGAACAAUUUAAAGCGUGGACUUUAGAUCGCAAGCUACUUAAGAACAAGCGAAAGAAAACACCACAACAGUUUGUAUGUGAAGAGAACAGUUCGCAGGCCAGCGAUACUGCUAAGAGAAGUAGUCUAUUUGUACCUUAUUUGAAUACAAGUCCUUCGGUAGAUGAGAUCUAUGGAAGUUGUCUUGAUUCAUCAUUUCACCACGAGACUCUUCAAAGGAAAAAAGAACAUGUUACCAAUGGGGAAACCCCACUUCGUGACCAUGUGUGUGGUGAUCUGAACUAUCAAUUAAAAUUUAAAAAGUCCAGUCGCUCUGUAGUGUCUUCCCUUAAUGAUAAGAGGAGAAAACAAUGGCUUGAGGAUGGGCUUAAUGCUAGUGAAAGAUUAAUAUCACAAGAAUCUAGUAUUGGUUGGUGUCAAGAUAGAUCGUUUUUUCAACUCGAGGGAGAUUCUCAAACUUUUGUUGUGAGGUUAAAGAAAGACAGUCUAAAUGAACUGCGAGUUUAUAUUAGUCCUAAAGAAGAGAAUCAGUCGACUAAGAGGUACAUUAUAGCAAAAUUAGAAAACAGCAGCCCAGUACAGAGAUCCAGCCAUCUGCAGUCAGGUGAUGAAUUGCUUAUGAUCAAUGGACAACAGCUGUGUGAUGUGGAGUUAGAAGAAGUGUUGAGUCUCCUGCAUGAUUCAACUUCAGAUGUAUGCCACCUGGUGGUACGACGGGCUGGAAUUACAAACGAUUACAAAAGAAUGCCAACAAAAGGACUAGUGCCAGAUCCAGUUUCGAAAUGGAGAUCCCCAAAUGAGAUCACAACGUCUAACAACCAUGAAAUACACCUGCCACCUCUUGGUAGCAGACGUUCACAUCCACUUGUUCAAUUCGAAAGCGAGGUGGCUGACAACGGACUGUAUACAUUACCAAGAAAACCCAAGUCUUCUCAACUUUCUCUUUAUACAGUUGUCUUUGAAAAAGGUUCAGGAAAGAAGAGUUUGGGAUUCAGUAUUGUUGGGGGUACGGACUCCCCUAAAGGAGCCCUGGGAAUUUACGUAAAGACUAUUUUCCCAUGCAGUCAAGCUGCAGAAACCGAUCAGCUUAAAGAAGGGGAUGAAAUUCUGAUGAUAAAUGGACAGCCACUACAAGGACUGUCUCAUGCUGAGGCAAUAGCAGCUUUCAAACGAAUUAAGCAAGGUUCUGUCGUUCUACGGGUGGGUAGAAGAACAGGAACAAAAAAGUUCUGUCAAGUUUCCAAGUCAUGUAGCAAUCUCGACACCCUUUAGUAUUAUAACAAGUGUAUGGAAAUCCAGCAGAUUCAAGAAUGAGUUUA